AUGCCUCUAUCAACAAUACACUCGGCGCCAGCUUUGGACUCAUUCACACCUUUAGUAGAACAUCAAGCACAAACACCAAGCACAUUCUACGACGCUAGACCUGUACUACAUUAUCAUGCUAAAGGUGCGCGUGCAGCUGCAUCUGGAGACUAUAUAAAAGAAUUGCCGUUUCUUGCAGAGGGUCCAGCACAGAAUUCGGAGGCAGCUGUUGUAGAGACAGUCGACGCCUAUAUUUCUACUGAGAACGUCACUAUAUUCAAUAAUACUACCUCAGCUGGACUCGCAAUUCCCUAUACUUCUAUAUCCUUACAUGCCAUUCAACGUCUGCCUGAUCCUACAGAUGCAUCGAAAGGAGAGGUAACUGGGUUGUUCAUGCAGUUAGAGACACCUCCUCCAGCCGGAGAUGAUAUGCCAUCGAUCAUCGAGUUGGUUCUUAUUCCCGCCGAAUCGGAUUCUACACAGACAUUAUACGAAGCUUUAACGAAUUGCUCAAAUCUUGUACCAGACGAAGACGAAGAUAUGGAAGAAGGAGGUCCUGAAUUUCAAUUCGAAGGUAAUAUCGGAUAUGAAGGUAUUACCGGACUUCCAGGAGUGCAACAAGGAGCUACGGAUGGUGGGUUACCCCCUCCAUUUCCAGGCAGUGGCGGCUGGAUCACUGCGGAGAAUGUUUCGGAAUAUUUUGACGCAGAUGGAAAUUGGAUUGGAGGUGAAGAAUCUGUCGAAGUACUUGGUGAAGGCGCCGGAAGGGUAAGGGGAUAUGAUGAGGUCGACGGAGAGGCUGAAGCAAAUGGUCACGAUGAGGGCGAUGAGGCUAGCAAACGUCCAAGGACCGAUUGA